AUUAAAUAUUUUGCCACGUGUCAACUUCCCACCUUUUGUAGCGUCUCCCCGUUCUCACUCCCGCCAUUCUCUCUCUCCCUCUAACUUCACCAGUCAAACCUCUCUCUAUCUCUCUAAACCAAAGAUCAAUGGUUUACCAGCGUUUCUUGAUCGAUUUUUCUUCCAUUUAACCUAAAAGAUUCAAUCUUUUUUGUGCACUGAUCAAGAAUUAUAACGGACAUGGCAAUAAAUUUAGAUUUGAUGAGGACACCGCCACCUGGAAUUGUGCUUGUAAGAAGCAUACGAGGUAAAGAUUGGAGUUUAAAUACAUACAGAUAUGUAAUCUUGCUCGUUACUUUUAUUGCAUAUACUUGUUACCACGCUUCAAGAAAACCCACCAGUAUAGUUAAAAGUGUUUUAGAUCCUGCACCCCAUAAUUCAUCACCUGAUGGGUAUCCAUGGCCAGUUGGGAAUGUGUUUGUUAAAGAGAAUGGUUUUGGAUUUGGGAAAAAUAAAGGGUGGCAUCCGUUUAAUGGACCGGACGGUACGUCAAGAUUGGGUGAGAUUGAUGUUGCUUUUCUUGCUUGCUAUUCGUUGGGUAUGUAUGUUGCUGGGCAUUUAGGUGAUACGUUGGAUUUAAGAUUGUUUUUGACGUCUGGUAUGAUUGGUAGUGGAUUCUUUGUUGUUUUGUUUGGGAUGGGAUACUUUUGGAAUGUUCAUGUGUUCUGGUUUUAUUUGCUUAUGCAAAUGCUUGCUGGGUUGUUUCAAGCUACUGGCUGGCCGUCUGUUGUGGCUGUGAUUGGUAAUUGGUUUGGUAAAAGGAAAAGAGGGUUGAUAAUGGGGAUUUGGAAUGCACAUACUUCGGUUGGUAAUAUUAGCGGGUCGCUUCUUGCUGCUAGUGUGUUGGAAUAUGGUUGGGGUUGGUCUUUUAUACUUCCCGGUGGACUUAUUAUAGUAGGUGGGAUCUUAGUUUUGUUGUUUUUGGCUCCUUAUCCUGAGGAUGUCGGAUUCCCAUUUGCUCACGGCCCGACAACACCGAAGGCAGAUGCUGUGCCUAGUGAUAUGGAGGCUCAGGAAGCAAAAGGGAGUGGAGAACAAGAGGCGGAUGACGAUAUAGUUCGAACUGGAUCCACAUUGAGGAAAAGUGUUGGGCUUUUUGAAGCUUGUUUGAUUCCAGGAGUUAUACCAUUCGCAUUAUGCUUGUUUUUCUCCAAGCUUGUGGCCUAUACAUUUUUGUAUUGGCUACCGUUUUAUCUGAGCCAGACAGAAAUUGGUGGAGAAUAUGUGUCGGUGAAAUCUGCUGGAAAUCUGUCUACUCUAUUUGAUGUUGGGGGCAUUGUUGGUGGGAUCCUUGCUGGUUACAUUUCUGAUAAGCUCCGAGCUCGAGCUAUUACAGCAGCCAGUUUUAUGUAUAUUGCAAUUCCUUGCUUGUACUUAUAUCGGCAAUAUGGCAGUAUCUCACAGACUAUGAACAUCGUACUCAUGAUGAUUGCUGGCUUAUUUGUAAAUGGGCCUUAUGCACUCAUCACAACUGCAGUAUCUGCUGACCUCGGCACUCACAGUUCCCUGAGAGGAGAUUCUCGAGCCCUGGCCACUGUGACUGCUAUUAUUGACGGAACUGGCUCAAUGGGUGCAGCUCUGGGUCCUCUUUUCACUGGAUUCCUGUCAACAAUUGGAUGGGAUGCAGUUUUUUAUAUGCUGAUGGUUUGUGCUCUUAUUGCUGGGCUUCUUUUAUCACGUCAGGUUGCGGCUGAAAUUUCCGAGAAAACUAGUAAACUGAUGAGAUCAUCUAGUGGACGACAAAGUCAUGAAGCUCCUACAACCCAACCGCUACUAAGUGAUCAAAGGUGAAAUUUUGUUCAAGGCCUAACAAAGCUUAACAAAAAUGACGAUAUCGGACAACUACAGAAACAGUCUGAAAUGUCAAACGAGAAAGAUACGGUGCUAUGUACGUAUAGUUUUAGUUUUGUAUAAUUGGUUUAGUUCAUUUUCUAUAAUAGAUAUAUAAAACAAUGAAGCCAUAGGUUGGAGUUCAUCAAUUUUGGUAUGAAGAUACACUUUACAUGUAGUGAUUUCCCUUUGAGAACCUAAAUUUGAGUUGUUCUGGUGGCUAAAUACAAAUGCAUUUUAGUUUCUGUA